UCGCUCCCUAGUAGAGUCAUCGAGCUCAUCGGCGUGGGUACCCGUGCUUUUGCCAAGGGUCUCUCUGCGGCAGGGAGUCAGGCGGUGAAAAAUAUGAAAUACAAGCCAGAAGGGAUGCAGCAGUCACGAUCAUCUGGAUCAGGGGGUUCAAGCAAGGGAGGAGACGGUGCGAGGGAUAUGCCGUUGGAUGAGGCGUAUAUGAUUCUUAAUGUCAAAGAGGCAGAUUCCAUGGAAGUAAUACGGCGGAACUAUGAGAGCAUCUUCACAGCCAAUGGACCACCAAAAGAACCUGAGCCCAAGCCUGGUCAACCGCCAGCGCCGAAGACGAGACGACAGGUUCUUCAUUCUCACUAUCUACAGUCUAAAGUGUACCGAGCGCUGGAGCGGAUAAAGGAGGAAAGAGGUGAGGUGGACGAGCCCCCACAGGCUGCGCCCACAGGAUUGGAAGCAGAGGCAAAGAGUGAUUCCAAAUGAUGUUGUAUAUAUCUCUAUGCACCCCCCUCGUGACCUGU